CUAGCGUAGACGCGGCGGCCAGCGAAGUUUUUUUCGGGCUGUAGUUUGGUGGUUGUGCCCGGGUUGGGCUGUAUCGCAUACACAUUUUUUCAGUGCAAGUUCCGGAAUAGAGUAGCCGCAAUAUAUUAAUUUGUUAUCGACGCUCCUGCCAACAUGGCGGCUGCCCGUGGUCUCUCGGAGCAGAACAUUCGUAUCUGUUGCCGCAUCCGGCCGGUAACCAUCGGGGAGCAGGAAGCGCAGUCGUCGACCGCGGUACAGCAGGAGGAUGCGCGGAAUCUGGUGCUGUACGAUCCCCGGCACAAGGGCGUGUCCCGGCGCUUCCAGUUCGAUCGCGUGUACUGUGAGGAGCACACGGAAACCAUCUUUCAGGAGGAGAUCGCCCCGCACGUGCGGGGCCUGUUCGCCGGGAACCACCUCACCGUGUUCGCGCACGGGGCCUCCGGGUCCGGCAAAACCUUUACCAUGGAGGGGGUGGAACCGGAUUGCCAGUACGGCGGCCUGGGAAUCACUCCACAAUCCGUGGCCAUGAUUUUCCACCACCUGGAUUCCGGCGACGUCGCCCCGCAGGACUACGAAGUCCGAUUCUCGCUGUAUUCUUCGAGAUUUGUAGGCCAUAGGUUUAUUUUACCUAUCAACAUCUGGCACUGGCACGAGUACGACUCUGGCUUUGCCUGACAUUCUGGCAGCUUUGCCCGACAGUUAAUAUAGAAGGUGAAUUAUAAGACAGCCACAGCGGCUCUACUCCGACGAGUGCCGUCCUCUGCUCGGAAUGAUGCAGAGUGCAGCACCAGUAUAUCUCUAAAUUAUUACGUCGCUCCCCCGACCACCGCUAGUUGUACUUGAUGACACCACAGGUAUGAGAUUUACUGCGAGAAGGUGCGGGAUCUGCUGCAGGACGUGGAUCCGCAGAGCAAGGGGCGAGAUAGCAAAUACGACGUGACGGACCUGCCCAUCCAGAAGGACCUCGCGGGCUUCGAGAUCAUUCCGGACCUGACGGAAGUUAUUGUGGAAAGCACAGAACAGUUCUGGCAUCUGUACCAAAAACGCAUUCGCCUGCGCAAGAAGGGCCGCACCCUGCUGAACGAGGAGUCCUCGCGGUCGCACGCGUUUUGCGUGCUGAAGGUGGUCAAAAAGCAGAAGGAGAACAAGGCCAAUGCCCUGGCGCGCCGGCCGAGCGGCGCCUCCAGCAUGACCUUCCACGAGCGCCCGCGCCCGCCGCAGACCGGGAGACUGUUCCUGGUGGACCUCGCGGGGUGCGAAGACAACCGCAUGUCGGGUAACAGCGGCAUCCGCAUGCUGGAGUCACAGGCGAUCAACGAUACCUAUCUCGCCCUUGUCAAAGUCUUCCACGCGUUGAAACGCCGGCAGGGGCUCUCCGCCUUCUGCCGCGACGCGAAGUUGACCCGACUGCUGCGCGGUGCGCUGGAGUCGAAGGCGAGCCCCUGUCUAGUCAUGAUCACGGUAUAGUACGAGCAUGAUGCGAGAAUUGAUGAAGUAGGAUAAUAAAUUGCUGUGAGCUGGGUUCUUUCUUCAGCAGAUCCACCUGUGGUCCUUUUAUGUAACGCAUGAUCUUCGGAAUGGAUUUUGAUCCCCAUCAUGUCCCUUCCAUCCUUCUCCUGAAAAACUCAAAUUGUAGGUUUCGCCGUCCCGUUUUCGGUUUCAGGCAACACAGAACACAUUUUCCUACCUGCAGUUGAACGGUGCGCCGCUCGGCGGAGCUGCGUCUUGCGCAGAGAUUCCGGCGCUUCCCCUCGCCAAUCUAAACGCGCCGCCGGCGCCGGCGAACCAGGUGCAGAAGAGCCACAGCUUUGUGCGCGAAGCUUUGUCAGCCCGAGGUCCGGAGAAGAAAAAAGACAGCUUUCAAUUGAACCUGCCGCAGAACAACAGUAAUCUCGUCCUCCAGAGACCGCCGUCGUACUCGGCGCGGAAGUUACCUCCGCCCUCCUCGGCACGGCCGGGCGGGCGCGGUACCCAUCAGCGUGGUAGCGUGGACAGUUUGAAGGACGCGGCCGGAAGGGCGGCGUAUUCGCUGGCUGGAGAUCAGAACCGGAUGAAGAUGAAGCCCUUGUCCGCGCAGCCGUCGCGCCGGCACAGUUUCACAGUCGAGUCGGAGCCCAAGAUUCUGCGUGGUGGAGGUGCCGCUCCGCGUUCGGCGGAUGUCAGCAUGUUAUCGGAGACCAACGUGCGCCCGGGCGAAGUUGGUCCGGCGGACGACGCGGAAGACCUGGACGAGGACUGGAAGAAUGCACGCAGAGUGGAGGUCGAUGAAUACGAGUCUUUCAACCUUGACAGCAAGAAACUGGAUGAAGGAGCUGCAGGACAAGUGACUAAGGUGGCGCGAGAGGACUACGUUCUUGACAAGGGGAACAAGGAAACGAAACCCGGUCAACUACAGCAGCAUCUUGCUCCUGUGCCUCCGUCAGCGCCAGGUCCUGCGGAUGGAGCUCCUUCGCGCGGACCUUCUCCGCGCGCCAGGGCACAACUGUCGUCUUCCCCGCUGGUAAGUGUCGACUCCCCGCCUGGUCUUGUCGAGAGCAGCAGUCUGCAGAUUGGUGAGAAAAGUGCAAGUAGCUCUUUUGGAGCAGAGCAGCCGAAGAUGUUGAAAACAGCAGCGACAGCGGCAGCAGCAACAGCUCCAGGUAGAAGUCGUGAAAAACUUGUUUCUUCACCCGCAAAAGGCGACAGGACCGCGAAGAAACAAUCCGGUUGUGCUCAACUUGAACAACCGGUCACGGCGCUGCCACAGGCGGUGGCAACAGGGAAGUCACAGCCGUCAAAGGUAAAAAGUAGUGCCACCUUGCAAAAACAAAUGGGCCGUGGAGCGGUUGCUGCACCGUCCAAUGGCGCCACAGAGGUUCUGGCGAAGAAAAGACCACUACAUAGCAAGGUAAAGGCAGGUGGGACCAGCAGCCGUGAUUUCAACAACGGCCCGUCUUCCCGCCCGACGUCCGCCGGCGUUGCCGCCUCCAGGCCAACGUCGGCGACUCAGCAGGCGAGCAGGCAGGCGGCGCAGGAGACGGGAAGUACGCAAGCCGCGGACAGUCGAGUGAGCACUGCCGCCGCAGCACCGACGCCGCGAAGCCCGCAGUCCCCCAACAAGAUGAACUGGUCCAUGGGGAACGUGCCUUCCAGGCCCAGCACGGCAGCACGGACACUUUCCCCGACGCAAAUGGCCGGGCGCAAGCCGCUCGCCCCCGCCACAGCGGCGUCCAGUGGAACUACUGCACCGGAGCUAGCACCGCCUGCCGCGGGGGUUUCGGCCGCGGAGGGCGUUGGGCUGUCCGCCAGCUCGGGGGAGGCGAAAGCCCGAGCAAGACCAGCAACCGACUUGGUCCUCGUAGACCACCUAUCGGAAUCCGCAACAGACAACGAGUCCUGUUCCCGCGGCGACGCGGAGCAUCACAGCAGCGUACACAGCUCGGAGGCGUACAGCAGCUCCAACAUUCCCAGCCCCGAGGAGAGCACCACUUCGUCGAACCACGGGGGCGACUCUGGAAAUAAGCCUGAACUUCUGUCACACGACAAGAACGACCCGCCGUUUGUCCAUCAAGAAGUGGGGGCAAGAGCCCCCGCGGAACAACAAAAAAACGCGAGCACGGCGACGGGUAGUGCCGACGACUUUUGGCGGGACAACGUCGUGAAUGCAGUCCAGGAGAACCUGGUGGAGAUCAGUAAUUUGCGCACAAGGAACGCCGAGAAGAAGGGAGCUGGAGAAAGCGUCAAGGAGUUUCGCGCGAAGCAAUCGAAGAUCCGGCAACCGCAGCAGCACUUCAAGGCCGCCGUGGUUCCGGUUGCCGACGAGAUUCGGAAUGGCAUGCGAAGCUGCCUGCGGCCACCCACCAAUGUCCGCAAGAACAAGGAGGACCUGUCGACGUCGAAGAUCGUACGAAACUAUUUUCAACCACCCAAUCCGGUGGACCUCUAGUAAUGCAACAGGAAUGUUGCCUUUUUGUGCGCAGCGAGGCCGCAAGCCCUUGAUUAGCACAACCUGCAUGGAUGGCCACAGGCACCUUCUCGUUUGAAGUCGUACGGCCCAGCGCUUAAUUGGUCCUAUCUACCGAGUUGUCAACGAUGUUCUCUCCCUGACGAUUCAUUGAGGCGUGUCGUAUGUAGUGAGGUCACCGAACG